AUGGCUCAGAAAAUCGCCAUCCUCGUCGUCACGUUGGCAUGCCUUGCCGCAGUCGGAUUCGCGCGUCCGCCAGCGAGCGUUCGCGCUGGGCUGCAGAAGAUCGAGAAGAAUGACGUGUUCAUGGGAGUGUAUCAGGGAUCGCUCUAUGCUGAGCUGGACCACGUGGACGGCGCCGACAAGAUGUCCGACGGAUAUGCCUACAUGGCGAUCUACAAGAAGGGCGACGAUUACAACAUCCGAUACGGCGCGGAGGCCGAAUCCAAGGAGCCCGGGGAACCCACCGCGUUCACAAUCAACAGCGCGGCCGACAACAGCCUCGUUAUCGACCUGGGCGCCGGACAGACAUACAAGAACACCACGUACGAGCUCCGCGUGUUCAAGUUCCUGCAGAAGUUCGUUCCGUACUCGUACAGGUUCAAGGGAAAGUGGGCCCCGGCCAGCAGCGUCACCGUCGCCGCAGGCCCGCUCAAGGACACCGUUGACGCCAUGAUCCAGAACCCUAAGAACUAUUAUGCGAUUUUCAACACCGCAACGAACCCCACUGGUUGCGCCAAGGGCGCGUUUGAUUUCAUCCAGCCCUGGUGGAAGCGCCUGUAA